CCACGUCACGGCCAAUGAGGGGUCCAGGCAUACACCUCCAUGUGAUUGCCUCACCAGUGAAGUCUAUUACUCAGGCAGCUCAACAUAUUUGUCUUUCUUUAUCAGUCAUUCUCCCUCUCUUUUCAGGCAGACGUGACGGAGAAACGACAAAGUAUUCUAAAGACUUUUUUAUUCUUUUGAACUUUGACUUCUUUGUAUCCCUCCACCAACAAGCUUAUACAGAAUCUCAACCCCGCAUCCUUUCAGUGAUACAGCGUCUGAGUCUACUCUACGACAAGCUUAUCUUUCCGACUUCUUGAACAUCAACAGACAUCAUAUCUAUCGAACGAGCGAACCGAGACGAAACGAAGCCAUCAUGAAUUACAUCUACUCCACAGUCAACACCCUACGGGAUCGUUAUACACCCGUCUCUCACAAGUCAACCUUCCGCCAGACCGGUCAAAUCACACCAGAAGAGUUCCUCGCUGCGGGCGACUACCUUGUGUACAAGUUCCCGACCUGGUCUUGGGGCGAUGCCGACUCUCCUGAGCAGCGAGUGAGCCAUCUUCCUCCCGGAAAGCAGUUCCUCGUGACACGCAACGUUCCCUGCCACCGACGCCUAAACGACGACUUUGCGGGUGAUGCAGGCCAUGAGGAAGCUCUUGUGAACGAUGGCGACGACUUCAAGGGCGCUACUGGCGACGACGAGGAUGGUUGGCUGAGGACCGGUGGUCUGGCUAGUUCCCAGCCGCUGAAGGUCAAGGAGGUGAGGACGGUGGAUGAUUCCGGAAAUGUCGGUGAUCGAGAGGUUGUCGAGGAUGAUGAUGAGAUCCCAGACAUGGAGGAUGAAGACGACGAUGAGGCUAUCAUCCGUGAUUCUAGCGCCGAUUCCAAGAACAGCGCUCACCGUACAUACACUCUCUACAUCAUGUACUCCCCCUACUACCGAACACCCCGUCUGUAUCUCUCAGGCUAUCUUGCCAGCGGUCAGCCGCUCCCCCCUAACGACAUGACGGAGGACAUUGUCGGCGACUACAAGGACAAGACAGUGACACUUGAGGACUUCCCCUUCUUCGCCAACAACAUCAAGAUGGCUUCAGUACAUCCUUGCAAGCACGCCUCAGUCAUGAAGACACUACUCGACCGUGCCGACGCCGCUCUUCGCCUGCGUCGUGAGAAGCUUCGUGCCGGUAACAGCCAGACACCCUCUGGCAUGGAAGGUCUGGUAGAUGAGAUUGGAAAGUUGGAUGUUAAGGGCGCUCAGGAAGCAGCGGACAAGGAUGAGUGGGAGGAGGUCCAGGAGACCGAGAUCGAUGAUCAAGAGGUUGCUAUCCGAGUGGAUCAGUACCUAGUUGUGUUCCUCAAGUUCAUGGCCAGUGUGACACCUGGUAUCGAGCACGAUUUCACCAUGGGUGUCUAAUCAGGUGAAACAAUGACCAAGAUUAGAUUUGUGAUCAAGAGAUACAGAUGGUCAAGAAAUUAUGGAUUGGGAAUCACUAUAUCAGGAGAAUAGGCGUUGACGGUGUUCGAUUGUUAAGAUCUUCUAUGGUAGCGACUGUAUUCAGACAGUGUAGAUUCUUUUACUUCCAGCAUGAAUACACGGAACGGUAUCUACAGUAUGCCUACUUACUUGAAUGUGUCAGCCUGAUGACUGUCACCCUUUUAAUGUUUUGAUGAUAUACAACUUGACAUGCGGUACUAUGUAUGUCAUGACUCAGAGAAGAUGAGAACAUUGGUCGAGGCUUUGAACAAAAGGGGCCAUCAAGGAAGAUUGUGAAAAACAAGUCACAGCAGAGAUACCGAACCGAUCAAAAAAGAAUGCCUUACUGCCCACAGGCGAUUUCCUUAAUAUCUACUGGUGAAUGUAUCCUCAACUCCCAUCUUCCCAUUUUCGCCCAAGUCCUCCAUCCGAUUCCGACACUGACUUCCUAUCAUUCAGGGUAUUCAAACACAGACCUCCACCAAUGUUCCAACUUGCAUAAAACAAUUCCAAGUGAGCCUGCCUUCCUGUCAUAAGCUCAUAAACGCGUCACUGUUUACCGCUAUUGCGACAAUAAUGUUGUAGAAUCCGCGAUUCCCAAUAAAACAAAACGCAAAAGGUAUAAUAACCAGUCCCCCUAUACUCCUGUUCUAUAAAUGUGCAUCCUUUUUUUAUCCCUUGUCCCAUAAAACCGCAUGUGCGCUCGCUUGCCGUUGAACCUGAUUGAAAACUCAACCCGAGGUGAAAAGACAGUUCGCAAAUUCGACAGACAUAUAAAUCGUGACGUGCGUUCAAGACCGCUCAAUAGGCAUUCAACGCGAAAACAUUUCAUCAUCGUGAGUAAGACGUCAAGGGGAUGCUUGAGAACGCUCCAAAUCUUGCGGCGAAGACGGUGGAACCUGGUUGCACAAGCUCGAGCUGCAGGCUCGAUAACUUGUGGCUCCUUGGAUGCCGUCCUACAUGGCACCAAAAGGGGCACCAAAGUUGGACGUGCUCUUCAACUUUAGAGGAACGUCAAUUUCAAUAGCCUUGCCACUGCCUUCGCCGUCACUAUCAUCGGCAUCUCGCUGGGCGUCAGCAGAUCCAUCCCCGCCGACUGGACCGGCCUGUUUAGACAUAUGCGUGGGAGCAUUGGAGCCAGAUGGACCAGCAAUAGAUCCCAGCCCAUGACCUUGCAUCACAGCCGGGAGAGCAUUUUGUCCUUGGCUUAUAGGCUCCAGUGCUUCGUGCAGUUUUUCAAAAAAGAGCUCAUCUUUGGCUGGCAUGUUUCUUAACAUCAGUGGUCCCUUGAGAGCUUUGUCGCCGCCACUAGGUUCCAUCAUGAGAUCUGGUGCGUUUGGGUCAAGCUCUUCUGUAACAGAUAUAAAAGACACCUUGGAAUCGCGCCUAUCAGAUUGCACAGGUACCGAUAGGCUGUCAUUCUUCUCCUCUUCCGCGACCACAGCUGCAUCCAGAUUGAUGACAGACUCAACGGUAGGCGUGACGGCCUCGCCAAUGAUGGAACCUGGGUCAGUCGGAUUGACUUUAGGGAACAAUGACAGGGAAUGAUUGGGUGUAUGGCCGGCAUGCAUUGUUAGCCGUCGAGACUCGACAGCAGAGAGAGCUUGCAACGUAUAUUCCUUAGAAGAGGCCCGGGCAUUCGUGGGGCGUCGAGACUGCUCUGGGCUUCGAGCGGCGGGACCAGGAGGGGAUGCUACAGGGGAUGCUGGGUUUUCGGGAGGAGAUGCACCGGCGGCGAAUGUGGGCUUCUGGACCGCAGUGGCCUUGAGUGGGAUACCUUCCAACUUGGGGUCAAUUUCUUGAACAUCAAUGACUGGAACAGGAGUGACCACGUCCUCUGUAGGGGACGAUAGGAAGUCCUUGGCCACUGGGUUCUGUGUCUGCAUCCUGGGGUCGAGGGGGACAAAAGGUGAUGAUUCGGGCUGUGUUGUGGGAGAUACUCGAGCGCUGCUUGACUGGAAAUAGUGAGGUCGACGAGAUGCUCCAUCAAGACCAGGUGGAAGAGAUGACGCAUCGGACAUGGACAGACCAGUUGGAAUGGUCGGAUUUUGUCCCCUUGACGCGAGUCGUCCUGGUGGAGCUUGGAAGUAGGAACUGUCCAUGGAGCCCUCACCGCUUCCGCCACGCUGACUCGCGAGAGGCGAUACCACGCCCGUAACCUGGAUACUCUGCGCUGUGACAGCCUUGAGUGCACUGUUCUCUCCUUCAAGUCGAUGGACGCGUUCUCUGAGUUCUUCGAUUUCUCGGGCCAUGCCCUCCUUCUCGGCCUCCCAGCUAUCCCGGACCUCAUCCAUGAUGAUCCGCUCUUCUUGAUAGACCUCUUCAGCUCGUCGCCGAUUAGCUUCGAGAUGAUUCCGCUCCGCUUCCCAGGCUUCACGGAUCAGUUGGUUCUGCUGCACGAGGCGUUGAACCACGUGCACUGAUGAUUGAGAGGCAGCCACUGCGUCUGCCGAAACAGAUCUUGAGAGGGAUGCACCAACGAGUCCGGAAGACGAGGAAACGUUGGGCAGAGGAGCUGUAGAUGAUGCCGGAAAGCGGAAUUCUGGAACGGGAGGCGGGCCUCCGUGAGUGGGAGAUACAGUCGCGGGACGAGCGUCGAAAGUGUCGAAAGAUUCGGUCUGCUGAGGAAAUGGUCGAUAACUCGGCGGAACAGAUUGAGCUGCCCUUAAAGACUCUAGUGAGAGAGGAGAUGAAUCUUUGUGCUGAAGUAGCAGGGUGCUCGCGGGGGGUAUUCGGCCGCGUUGAAAUUGACUCUGGCUAUAAUCUUGGUUUUGCGGUUGACAUGGGUUUAGAUAGUGUUGUGGAUAUUGAUGACGAAGGGUUCCAGCUCGAGGAUACGAGUUGGGCGGAGACGGAAUACUGGACGUAUUGCGAUAAGGGAGAUGGCUAUUCAGGGAAAGAACAACAUCAGAGUCGUAGGCGCCCGAUGGCAGAAAAGCCUCGGGCGUGAACCUCGCAGCCAUGAUCAUGGAAGGCGUGCCGAAGGUCUGUCACUGUGGAGCGUGGAAUAAAUCGGAGGAGUAGUGUGGGAUCGAUUUUUCGUUAGGAAGGCAUAGGGCGUUUGAAGUUGUUCUAGUCGAUUUCCUAAAACUUGGUGCUGAUGCAAGUCGUUCCUGGUCGUUAAAGUCGUCGAGAUGAAAUGAAAUUAGAGGUUGGAAAAAGUCGAGGAAGGCGAAGUGAGAGGAAUUGGUUUAUGUUAUGAUUGUCUCUUUCCUUUUUACUGACUCGAGAGGGAAUGUGAGACCAAAUCCGAGACCUAAUUCAAGGGAUGUUGGGCGAGUUCGAGAUCUAGGUAUGACGCAAAUGGGACCCGCCAAGCGCAAGGCACAGGACCCUUUAUCUUGAAGAAGGUUGUAGCGGGAGUGGGAGGGCUACGUAUUGUUUGCGCUGUGCGAUGAUAAGCUCAGGUAGCGCAAAAAGGCGUGUUGUUAUAUGAUAUCGAAAUUGACAUAAGAUAGAAAUUGGAGAGAGGAGCAAUAAAUUUGGAGGUGGAGAGAUGGCAAGUUCAUA